AUGCAAAUGACUCUUAAAUUCCAAGGUAAACAAUUAACUUUUAAAGAUUCUUAUACUUUAAUCUCUACAUCAUUUGCACCGUUUCCAAAGAUGUUUGGUUUAUCUAAUAUUCAAAAAGAGAUCUAUCCAUACAAUUACUAUAAUAAGGAUAAUAUUGAAAACAAUUGUGGUAAUUUUUUCGAAGCUGAUAAAUAUGAAACUAAUCAAUGGACUAAAGAACAAUUCCAGUUAUUUAAUGAAAAUAUUGAUAAAAUUGAGAAUUGUCGUAUUGAUGAAUUUAAAUUCGAUAUGAAAGCUUAUUGUGUAUUCUACUGUAACCAAUAUGUUAGAAUCUUAAAACAAGGUCAUUCUAAAUUUAGAGAUGUGUGUUUAGAAUAUUUAAAUAUUGAUGUCGAUAAAGUAAUUUCAGCUUCUUUAGCUAAUACUUACUUUAAGCAAAAUGUAUAUUCAAAAAUAAAUAAUUUAAAAGAAUAUGGUGGUAAAGUUAGAGAAUUUAUUCAAGGAGCUAUUUAUGGAGGAAGAUGUAUGACUAGAGAUAAUAAAAAGUGGUAUGUAAAUGAUGAAUUAUAUGAUUAUGAUGCUUGUUCAUUAUAUCCUUCAGCUAUUAAUAGAUAA